UGUGAUGUAAGGGAUAGAAAGAGAAAGAGAAAGAGAAGGGGGGGGUAGGUGUGGGAUUGACCAAACCCCCUUCACGCAUACACCAUCCCCUCAAGACUUGCCAUGUUCCUUUUACUCUUCCAAUUACAAAGGCCACUUGCAAACUCCAACUAAUAUUUAAGCCCUUCAACCCCCUCCCAUUCUUCCCUCAGCUUGAGGUUCCCUUCUUCAAAGAGAACACCAAGCUUAAGCUAGACCUAAUAGUACCCAACUACGUUUAACUCCCAUUUCAAUCCCAUUCUUUCUUCUUAAUUACUCUCAAGUCCCUUAAUAAUGCAGACCCUCAGUCCUCCCUCUUCCAAUACUCUUAACUAUCUUAACCGGGCGCGUCCCACCGUUAUUCGGGUAACUCCGACCCGAAUUAUCAUCAAAUGUGGUUACGGUUUAGAAUCCGCGAGUUUCUCUCAUGGAUUCGGAUCCACCAGAACAGACUGGCAAAGCUCUUGUGCUAUCUUGGCCAGUAAAGUCGUUUCGCAGCAGGAAGGUUCUCCCGCCGGCGAUAACAACGGCGGUGGUGCCGACCAUGUCGGCGCCGUCAACGGCCACAAAGGUGCCGUAACGGAUCUCAACCUAGUCCCCAUCGGAAAACUCGACGGCAACAACAAACCACUUCCGCCUAAGCCACUGACCAUCUCCGACCUCUCGCCGGCUCCGAUGCACGGCUCUCAGCUGCGCGUGGCGUACCAGGGAGUUCCCGGCGCGUACUCGGAGGCCGCCGCCGGCAAGGCGUAUCCGAACGGCGAAGCCAUCCCGUGCGACCAGUUCGAGGUGGCGUUCCAAGCGGUAGAGCUCUGGAUCGCCGAUCGUGCAGUUCUUCCGGUGGAAAACUCCCUCGGCGGCUCGAUCCACCGGAACUAUGACCUCCUCCUCCGGCACCGCCUCCACAUCGUCGGCGAGGUUCAGCUUCCGGUUCACCACUGUCUCCUCGCACUCCCAGGGGUCCGAAAAGAGUACUUGACCCGCGUAAUCUCGCAUCCGCAAGCUCUAGCUCAGUGCGAGCACACGCUCACCAAGCUCGGCCUCAGCGUGGCGCGCGAGGCCGUCGACGACACCGCCGGAGCCGCCGAGUUCGUGGCCGCAAACAACCUCCGCGAUACGGCUGCAAUCGCGAGCGCACGCGCGGCGGAACUCUACGGAUUGCAGGUACUCGCAGACGGAAUCCAGGAUGACCCGAGUAACGUGACCCGAUUCGUUAUGCUGGCCCGAGAACCCAUAAUUCCACGAACGGAUCGGCCGUUCAAGACGAGUAUAGUGUUCGCACACGAUAAGGGAACUUCCGUAUUGUUUAAAGUGCUUUCAGCGUUUGCUUUUAGGAACAUCAGCUUGACCAAGAUCGAGUCCAGGCCUCAUCGUAGCCGUCCGAUUCGCGUUGUUGAUGAUGAGAGUGAGGGAACCGCGAAGCACUUUGAGUACAUGUUUUAUAUUGAUUUUGAGGCUUCUAUGGCUGAGGUCAGGGCACAAAACGCUCUUGCGGAGGUUCAAGAAUUCACCUCUUUCUUACGAGUGUUGGGGAGUUACCCUAUGGACAUGACACCAUGGAGUCCCUCCUCUUCUUGUCCCCGGGGGGGAGAUUAGCAUUACUUUCACCUCUUUCAAAAUCAAAAUUAAUAUAUGAUUGUGCCAUGUAUAUCAGUCAUUAUGAACUUUCAAUUUGUGAAAAAUGAUAAGAAAAGAACCCAUAUUGUUCCG